AUGUCUUGGAUAACGCCGAACCGGCGGCUGCCAGAUAGAAUUGAAACUUCCGGAUAUAUUGGUAACUGGAGAAUUGUAUACACUUGCAUCUCUCGUCGAAAGGAGAAGAUCAUUAAUGCGAAAUCUGGCUAUUUGCCCAACCUCAACACACCUCUACACAAGAGCCAUCUACAACCAUGGAAGUGGGGAGCCUUGCCAGGUUUUCUCUUGCAUUGGGUCUCACCAAGCAAAGAGCAGGCGUCCUUGACGCAUUACUGGAGCUCUGUCACAGCCGGGGAUCCCUUGAACACCCGGUCUUUACCCGCUUUCAUCCCCUAUGAUGAACAUCAUUGGCAAACAUGCAGAAAGUUCCUCCGCGGACGCCCCUUCAACCUAGAUAGAGCCCCUACGAAGUUCGACGAAGCGCAAGAAAUACGCUCGAAACAAGCAGCAUACGACACUGUCGGCAUCACCGACUUUGAGAAUACCAAGAACAUGCUAAUCCUCGGAACCCUCAAUCUCCGUCUAUCGAGUACCGUCACUGGUCCGGCCGACGGGACAAACGCGGACUACCCAAGCUACGGCAAGGACCGGACAACUCCCGACGCGACGCGACGGAUAGUUCUGUUCCAACCACCACCCCCCGAGAACUACAUUGUACCCCUGACAAGCGCGCUUUAUCUCGUUGAUAUUGCCAGCUUUGCGUUCAAACAGGCGUGGAACAUCCUCAAUGCUUCAUCAUAUAUUUUUCUCCGAUCGGGGGCGUGUAUCAAGUUCAUUGUUGACAAGCGGGGUGGCAGGAGCAUCGUGGCAGAUGGAACUAGUGGCCCGGCUUCCAUAAGCAAAUCUCCGAGUUUGUGUGAUGGAUCGAUUGAUGUCGCGCAUUUGCGGCUGUAA